UAACACUGCAGUGAAGCCCAUCUCGCACUUGUCUUCGCUCGCUAAAUGCAGUCACGCUUCUUUGUAGAAUGUUUAACGGAACUGAUCAUGUUCAUGGCAUGUCUAUAUAAGGAAUGGGGCUGCUUCGUCACGUGACAUCUCGGAGUUUACAGGUGUGUUUCCCUUCUAGUAGUUAUCCAUCUCCCCAAACAUCCACUAUGACUGAAAAAGUGCGAGCGUCAAAGUCUGGUCUCGGCUAUGAGAUCGAGAAGAAGAUGGAAAAUAAUUACGACAAAGAAGAGGCGGCGGGAACACCCGAAGCAAUCCGAGUGUGGAUCAACGCAAUUGUUGAAGGAAUUCACGAAACUGCUGCCAGCAGUCACCAGGCUGACCUGCACAAGUGGCUCAAGGACGGCAUUUGCCUCUGCAAGCUCAUCAACAAACUGCUAGAAUCUGAUGGUAAAGGUAAAAUCAGUUACCAGAAGAAGGUAGCCAACAGCUUCGUGGGAAUGGCCAACAUCCAGGCCUACAACGACGGCUGUGAGAAGUACGGACUUCCCAAGGAAUCGCUCUUUCAGUCCGUGGACCUGUGGGAGGGAAGGAAGGGACCAUUCCUUAACGUCAUCAACGGCUUGCACAGUCUAGGCUGUCUGGCCAACAGUAAAGGGUACGAAGUUACAUACACGGGUGUCCAGAACCCUACGGUGGACAAUUCAUAAGAUAACUGCCAACACCAAGGGAAAGAUGCCAAAAUAUACAGGUCAACUUGCUCCCAAGGCUGACAUGGAGUAAGCGAACCUGCUUCGAUGGCUUCAUGCAAUUCGUCUAAUUCUCACUGCAAAUAUUAUGUUCGAGGAGAAUGGUGUAUAGUCAAACCUGUAUUUAACGGACACCUACAAAAUUGAAAGCAAUUCCAGAACAUCGCGCUGUUACAGUAAUGUACUGUAAAUCUGUCACACAUUAUAUCAUAUUGUAGAACAAAACAAAAAUAGGUUACUUGGAAAAUGUAUAGUCAUUUUUUUAGUGUAGCCAUGUGACCUUUACAAGCAAAUGACAUUUUAAUUAAGUGGUCUUUAUAAGGAAAUGAGUUUAAUUAUAAAAUUACCCUUAUAAGCAAAUGGUCUUUAUAUUAAAAUUGUCCUUUGUAAGCAUGUAUAUUUUAUAAGCAAGUAGUCUUUAUAAUCAAGUGCCUGUCGUAAGCAAGUGGUCUUCAUAAUAAAGUGGCCAUUGCAAGCAAGUCUUCUUUAUAAGCAAGUUACAUAAUUUAUAACCUAGUAGUCUUUGUACACAAGUGGUCUUAAUAGUAAUUAGUAACCCGAAAUGUUUUAUGGUGUGCCCUCAUUGGCAGAUUUGACUGUACAAACAUAAUGCAUUAUUGUCUGUCUUUUUUAAAUGAUGUCGAUUCUUUUUUCUUUUUUAAAAAUAUUAAAUAUUGCUUAUGGUUGUCAUUUUAGAAUUAAAAACCAUCAAAUUACUUCUCUAUCCUUAUCUCCUGUUGUUUGUUUUUCAGUAUUUUAAUUUCAUAGUCCAUGACACCAGGAAUAGCAUGCAACAAUUAUCGUGGUUAUUAAUUAAACAAUCGUUUUCAUAAAUAUGAUUUCCUUUUAGAACAUUAUUUAAGAUAUAUAGCGAACAUAAAGUUAGUUUAUUUUAUAAGUUUUCAUUGUGACAAAAGUAAUAAUUUCCCUGAAUAACGAGCAUUGUUUAUUUUGCUUAGAAUUCAAACUAAUUAUUUAUCCGUUUAGCCUCAGUUUCACCUUCACAAUAAUAAUUAACUUUGUUUUACUACUUUAUGUUUUACUAUACCCAGAAAGCCAAGCUUAAUAUUGCUAUGAACAUACUUGCUAUUUAUAGACCUUGUUUGUUUUGUUUUUGUUUUUUUAGUUUUUUUACAAUUAGGAUUGUUUCUCUAGUUUAUUAGCUUAGUUUAGAUUCAUAAAUUCAAUCUAUGAUAUCAUGUUGUCCUCUUUUACAUUUGCUAGUUAUUUUUAUUACUAGUGGACCUCUCUCCGUAUAAUAUUUAAAUGAAAUCUUGAUGCAAAUUUUCAUCAUUAAUUUAAUAUCUGGCAGUUAUGGAAUCUACAAGUUAAUUUUGUAUUUGUUUCAAUAAAUUUUUUAAAAAUGAAAA